UAGUCAGCAGGGCGCAGGCGGUGCAGCUCCAUCCAUGUCCCGUGCCAUCUUCCGGAGCAUCGACUCCUCCAUCCUCCGCUCCGGUCCUUGAUCCAACACCGUGCCCGGCCGCCAGCAUGCUGCAGAUCGGCGACGAGGUGAUGUAUUUCUCGGCGGUGUUCUUGCUGCUGAUGCUGGGCACCAGGAGCGCCACGGGGGCCUCCCUGCUCACAGCGUGCCUCUACGUCUUCAUGGUGAUGUUCCGGUUCCCCCCGGUGCCGGCGGAGCAGGCCGGCCGCGUCCUCCGGCCCGGGGCUUCUCCGGGCGGCGUCCCGGUGGUGGCGCACCGCGGCGGGAGCCAUGACGCACCGGAGAACACGUUGGCAGCGAUCAGAGAGGCCAGCAGGAACGGAGCCACCGGAGUGGAGCUGGACCUGAGCUUCACUGCCGACGGCGUGCCGGUGCUGAUGCAUGAUGAGACGGUGGACCGCACCACCAACGGCUCUGGGCCAAUUAGCAAACUGCAAAUUGUCCAACUGAGGAGAUUCGACGCUGCCGCUCAUCACAGACUGAAAGAGAAGUUCAGCGGAGAGAAGGUCCCGACUCUGCAGGAGGCCGUGGAGGAAUGCAUGAGACACCAGCUGACCAUCUUCUUUGACGUCAAAGGUCAACCUGACAAGGCUGCAUCAGUGCUUCGUGAGAUGUACAAGAAGUUUCCUGUCCUUUACAACUCCAGUAUUGUUUCCUCAUUUGAACCCAAAGUUAUCUACAAGAUGCGUCAGACCGACCCCAACGUGGUCACGGCCCUGACCCACCGGCCCUGGAGACUGAGUCGCCUUGGCGAUGGCACUCCUCGGACCCUGUCCACGUGGGGUCAGCUCUGGACGGGGUUUCUGGAUGUCUUGCUGGACUGGGCCCACCACCACAUCCUGUGGAAGCUUUGUGGAGUCUCUGCCAUCAUCGUGCAGAAAGACUUCAUCUCACUGGACUACGUUCAGUACUGGGCAGAGCGAGGUGUGGAGGUGGUGGGCUGGACCGUGAACACCGCUGUGGAAAAGAGCUUCUACCAAAACCUGCUGAAGAUCGGGUACAUCACUGACAGUUUGCUGGAAGACUGUGAUCCUCAUUACUGAAUCAACACAACACACUCAAACACACACACACACACACACAGACAGACAGACAGACAGACAGACAGACAAACAGACCGACACAUUCACAAACACACAAAGCAGCUCAACAUGUACAGGGGUUAACACAUUUAAAGAAACUUGAAUGUUUCAGUUUUCCAAUGAACAAAGUAGAACUUGAAAAGUAUAGACUAACUAGAGACACUGCCCUGUAGUCGUGCUCCUCCAUCAACCAGUUGAGUUUCAGUCUACAUACAUUGUAUUCCAGGUCACCAUGACCUUUGCCCUCUGAAAUUGAAUCCGUUAAACUUCUAGUCCAAGAGACAACUUCUCAACAUUCUCAAAAGGCAGUCAUGAAAUAUUAUGGACGAAAAGGCCACCGUGACCUUGAACCUUUGGCCUUUGACCUUUGACCACCCGAUAGUGAUCAAUUAAUCUUUGAGUGAAAACAUUUUGCUAAAUUUGAAAGAACGAUUUCACGGUUUUCAUGAAAUAUCGUGUUCCCGAGAAUUAGGACAGAGGGACGACAUGAAAACUUAAUCCCUCCGGCUGUCACUGCCGCGGAGGUGUAUACAAAUCACUUCAUUCAUCACAACAGUUCUUAGUUUCUUAUCGUUUUAAAGAUCAUUAUAAUGUAUAUAGUAGAUUCAGUUUAAUUCAAGGAGAGAUCUGGUGCUAACAAGCUCUCUGGUGGCAAACAAACAAGCCCCAGCUUUAUAGGCUGCAUGAUUUAGUGUCCAGGUGAGAACUGAGGUGAGACGUCACAUAUGUACCUGUAGCUGGCAUACAGGUACAUUCCCUUCAAUAAACAAUGAGGGUUAAACUGUAAACCUGCCACCAGCAGCAACACCUUCUGCUCCCACUCCUCUGGACCAGGGAUUAGGAUUACACUUCCUUUAAGAUCUUUUCUACCCUCUCUGCUGAUCUCUCAGAGGCUUUGUUCUACCUUUAUUAAAGAGACGUCUGUAUAAAUAGACGUCAGACAUGAUGGAUGCUCUCUUGGUAUGUAUCUAACAAUGAGCUCUGGAGGAUGAAUAUUCCACAGAGUGACUGUUCGCCGGCUGCCAGCGUGUGCAGCUGGCAUCUCGUUUGCUGCAAGAUGUUCAAACACAUGAGAACACGUUGGUCCUCGAGGGAAAGUAAACGUUCGGUUGAACUCUGCCACACAGGUGGAACUUGUUCUGGAGCGUGUGUGAUGACUCGUGGCUGGAAAACAAGACCUCGCUUUGUGAUCCCAGCUGCAGGCAGGAAUUUAAGAAACAAUCCUCUGUAACAUUAAAAGUUCUUCCGCAUGACAGUUAUUGGUUUUACAUCUAUCACCUCACGUGAGGAUUCAAAAGCUGCUUUUAGUAACUCCACACUGCUGAACACUGUUUCCCUUCAUUUUACCUUAAUAUACCUAAUAACUGUUUUGCUUGACUACACUUAGCUGACUGUGCUGCAUCUGAUAAUCUGCCUUAAAAAAGUCCACAAAGUGUAAUUUGUCUGUAUCCACAAAAUAAUAUAGAGAGAAUGUGUCAGUGGUGUCCUCAGUGGAUCUUGAGGUUUUAGUUAUAUAGGCAGAAGACUUAACAACAUUAACUUGAUUAUUACUUAUAUAUUUCUUAAAAAAAAAAUCUAUGAUUCUCUUUGUUUUCAUUCUUAACAAUUCCUCCAAAUCAUCACAGUGUCACUCAUCAAAACAUUGAAUCUUCUCUGUUCAGCUCUAAUGAUUCUUCACAAUUCAUUUUGUAAACCUGAUAAAAAUUCACAUUGUCUUUUAAGUGAAAAAAAACAAAACAA